AUGGGCGACCAAGAAGUUUCCGGUAAGAGCUGCUGGAUUUGCUUGGCAACCGAGACGGACGAGCCGCCAGGCGGGGCAGGCAAGGCACACAAUUGGCGCAAAAUAUGCAAUUGUAAUUUGUAUGCUCACGAAGAGUGUCUCAUAUACUGGGCGGUGACCCAGGACAACGAAACAAAGUGCUGCUGUCCGCAAUGCCAAACUCCGAUAAGAAUUCGAAAACAAAGCUCAACCUUCCUGUCUUUACGGCAAGUACUUGAUAAGAUUAUAUCUGGGCUCUGUGGAGGCGCAUUGACUGGAGCCGUUCUGGGGUGCUUGGGCGGCGCCCUUUCCGCGGGCACGUAUGCUUUGCUCUAUGGGACUGGUGCGUCGUACAUCAACUUAUUGUGUUCUCCUGCUCAAAGAUAUAGGAUUUUGGGGCCGUUCGUUGAAGCCGUGCGAGCGGAUGUGCGACCCAUUGGACUAUCGCUUGGUGGUCUCCUUCGGCGAGCGUUUUUGAUCCCGCAGAUCCCAUUGGCGCUAGUGGCUAGUGCUUCGAGAAAGAGAUGGGCUACUUUCUAUCUAACCUUGCUGCCCUAUUUCGCGUCAUCUGAGUUGGGCCGCUUAGAGCCCUUCCAGCGCAGCCUGCUGCUCGUGGUUGCUCUGCGGCACGUUCACCGUGUAUUUUAUGAUGUGGUAGUCGGCCGUACACUUCACGCAGCGGCAAGAGUCAUUAAAGGCGUGUCAUCGGAAGAAGACGCCGGUGUUGAUUUGGGCGAGGAGAUGAGAGUGUUCGAAGAGGCCCUGGAACGAGCAAUGGUACCGUUGGAGAACGAGCAGCUGCCCGAAGACCAGGAUCCAGAAAUGCGUGAGCGGCUGUUAAACCUGAAUGUACUUGUUCCUGAUGGGCCCGAGCUUGAUUUUGCUGAACUGCACGACAUUGCUGGCGAAAUGAGACAGGUGUUCCGGAACAACCGCCCCGAGCCUCGCCCGGUCGACGAGGCUGGAGCUGCCGAUUGGGUGUUGGGGACUCAAUCUGCUAUUAAAAAUAUUGCAUAUCCUCUUUUGCUUCCCUAUGCUGGUGUUGCUGUUGCCAGACUGUUACGAUUUAUUCCUUUCCUGCGGCAUGCUCCGAUUUUUGAGCUGAACUUAGCAGGAAGCGUUAUCGUGGUGCUGGUGCGAGAUGCAGUCAACGUCGUUACAGCCCUCUACAGAAUCAAGCAAUCGGCCACCUUCCGGGUGCUGAAUUAUAACGAAAGCGACACCAGCGAGGCGAACUGGGUCGAAAAACUGGCCAAGGCUCUUACCCCGCACUUCCAGUUUGAGAUCCAGGCCCGCUUUGAGUAG